UUACGCCUGUCAACUUGGCCAUGGGUUUUCUGUCGUGCUAAUUCUUCUCGUUCGCAGCAGGCGCUCUUCGGAUAAAUUCCCGCAAAUUCUCCAAAUACUAUAACCACUACCCAAAAGAUGAGGAUUCCACUGGGACGCAAACAAGCCGAACAGGCCGCUCAAUGGGCAUCGUCUGCCGCCGGAUUCGGAGCAGCUGCCGCACUGAUCGGUUGCUACCUGACCGACUGGAGGGUGAUCGUGUCGUACAUCCCCUUCUACGGUAGCAAAUUCGACAAGAAGGAAUAAGUCUGUUAAUCGGUUCUAGCAAAAUUUACCAUCCCUCGCUCCAUGUGGACAUGUGGACGCAUCCGGAGAGGCUGCAGCGUGUGCGAGUGUCAGUGUGACCAACCACUCUUUCCCGCUGUACACCACCAACAAAUUCGAAGUUCAAUAACAACAGUUCACUAAGGAACGAGUACCAAAAUCGGCU